UAGCCUCCCACACUAAGAUUAUGCAAAUGAGCAGGCCUCAGGUCCAGGAUCCGGCACCCCCACCCCACUCUCUCCUAUUAUCCGUAGGCGCGUUCAUGCGAGCGCUCAUGCACGCGCGAGCCUUGCCGUUUUUCUAGUUCGGUCCGGCUGCGGACUGUACCAAGUAAACCCGGACAGCGAGGGGCAAAGCCCGGAACCCCCUGCGCGAGCCUCAUCGAUGGCCCGACCCAGAGAGCCCCCUUUCCCACUCUGCGACAGGAAUGGUCUAUCUCGUCGCGCAAGCGCCCUAGGCUCUUCACGCCCCUCGCACUCCCUCCUACCCCACUCGCAGCGCAGGCGCAGAGCCUGGGCGUGCAGCCGCUGCCGCCGAGCCAGAACUGGGGCCGCCAGCGCCGGUCUUUCCUUCCCGAUCCAGUAUCCCUCUCUACAAGCCGACAUCCGCAUUAGAGGACCUGUGGCCGAGGUGUGGCUGUGGAAAGCUGGCCAGCGAGGGACACUGCCCAGCUUCUGCUCUGCUCCUGUCUCCUGUCCCCUCCCCCGGCCAUGACAGAGACCCGUGAGCCAGCUGAGACUGGGGGCUACGCCAGCUUGGAAGAAGACGACGAGGACCUUUCUCCAGGCCCUGAGCAUUCCUCUGACUCCGAAUACACUCUCUCAGAGCCAGACUCCGAGGAGGAAGACGAGGAGGAAGAGGAGGAGGAGGAGACCACUGACGACCCCGAGUAUGACCCCGGCUACAAGGUGAAGCAGCGCCUGGGUGGGGGCCGUGGGGGCCCGUCCCGGCGGGCCCCCCGUGCGGCCCAGCCUCCCGGCCCCCCAGCCCAGCCCUGCCAGCUCUGCGGCCGCUCGCCCCUCGGGGAGGCCCCGCCGGGCACCCCACCUUGCCGGCUCUGCUGCCCUGCAGUAGCCCCCCAAGAAGCACCAGCCCCUGAAAGCCGGGCCCUCGGGGAGGAAGGGCGGGGGGCGCCUCGGGCUGGGGAGGGCCGACCCGCCGGGCGGGGGGAGGAGGAGGAGGAGGAGGAGGGCACCUACCACUGCACAGAGUGCGAAGACUGCUUCGACAGCCUGGGCGAGCUGCACGGGCACUUCAUGCUGCACGCCCGCGGGGAGGUGUAGGCAGAGCCCACG